AUAAUCCAAUCUCUUUCUCCACCACAUAAAAGAGAAGAGAACUGAUAAGCUAGCUUGUUCUGUUUUCUUCUGCCUUUGGCUCCAAAUUCUUUUAGCCAUCGCUCGGGAACUCUCAACUGAAAACUGAAAAACUAUGAGUUCACUUAAACUUUACAGGAGUUAUCAUCAAUCACUAUUUAUCCCAAACGUCCACAAAAAGAUGGUAAAGCAAACCACUUUUGCUCCAAAUAAGGUGGUUCGUAGAAGAAAGCUAGCAGUGAGAGGAUGCAGUGGUCAAGAAUCUGAGAAGAAGACAGGAAGCAGAAGUUUCUUGAGUCUUGAAGAAGCUGGUCUAGUUGAAAUUUCCGGCUUAAGCACCCAUGAAAGGUUCCUAUGCCGUUUAACGAUAUCAUCAUUAAACCUUUUAAGAGUUGUAUCAGAGCAAGAAGGGUGUCCAAUUGAGGAGCUGAAUGCUGGGAGAGUAUGCGACUGGUUUUUGAAGGAUAAGCUGAAAAGAGAGCAGAACAUAGAGUCUGCAGUGCUUCAAUGGGAUGAUUCUGAACUUCAAUUUUGAGAUUUUGAUCCUUUUCUCUUUAUUUGAUUAACAAAAGGCACAUUUAGGCCGAUCUUGGGAUUUAGUUACAGUAUUGUUUAGGAUCAUACAUGCUUCUUGCCUAAUUAUCUUUUCUUACAGUGAGCA